AUGAAUCUCUUUAAAAGUAUAUUUUCAUCUUUCAACUCAGGAGAUCGUUAUGGUGACGAUGAAGAUGAUCUGUCAGUUAGCAACAACUCUCCUUACUCAUCCUCUAGCAAUGACUUAGAAAUGAAUUAUAGUACCGAUAGUUUUGCCAAUGAUUCAAACGGUUCUACCAUAAAUAAUGAAGGUGUUUCUGAAGCCUUAUUAGCUUGGAGACAUAUUUCUACUUGGACAAAUAUAUAUAACCCAGAUUUGGAAGCAACUUUAAGUGAUCCAUGUACAAGAAAUGAUAUUCGUAGAGCUGAAAAUGAUCUAGGUAUUACUUUCCCAGGUUGUGUUGCUGCGUCCUUACGUACACAUGAUGGUCAAGAAGAUAUGGAAUCCAUUCAAGGUACUUCUGGUUUGAUUUAUGGUUUGAAAUUAAUGACUUUAGAUCAAAUCGUAGAAAUGACUGAAAAUUGGAGAAACGUAGCCAAAAAUAUGGAUAGACAAUUAAGUAACUCUACUACAUAUUCCACUACCUCAACAAAUACUUCUAUAACAGGUAAUUCGAUGCCAGUACCAAAAUUCCAUCAACAAUUUAAAUUACCAAGUAUACCAACUCAAAAAUCAAUCCCGCCAAAUACUAUCCAACCAGUUUAUGCAAAUGCUAACUGGAUUCCAUUAUUGACUGAUUUUGCUGGUAACCAUAUUGGUGUUGAUUUAGAUCCUGCACCAGAGGGUAAGCUUGGCCAGGUUAUUAUAUUUGGUAGAGAAUUCGAUACUAAAUAUGUCAUUGCUAAAAAUUGGGGUGAUUUCUUAAUAUCUUUUGUAGAUGAUCUAGAAACAGGGAAUUGGUUAUUAGUAGAUGAAACAGAUGAUUAUUUAAAUGGUGAUGGUGAUUUGGUCUUUAGAGAUAAAAGGAAAAAUGGUCCAAUUCAAGAUUAUUUAGAUGUCUUAAGAAUAAGAUGUAUUGAAAAUUAUAAUAUGGAACUGAAAAAUAAAUUACAAAAUGAGAAGCCAACUGUUGAAGAAACUCAUCCAACUAUAAUUAAGCCAGUUGUUACUAAUUCUUCAUCUAUGGAGGAAAAUGAAGAUACUAAAGAAAAGGAAAAAGAAGAAGAAACCUCAGUCGUGCAACAAGAAUCAAAAGAAGAAGAAAAGAAAGAUCCUGUGGAAUCUGAGAAAGCUACCGAUGAAGUAGGUAAUGAAGUAGAAACUAUUACUGAAGCAAACGUUACUAAGGAUGACUCUAACAAGGAAAUUAAAAAGUUAGAGGAAGAUAUGGUUAAUGUCGAGUUAUAA